AGUUCACCUCGUCGGCCCGCCUCUCUCAUCCUCUCCCCGGAUCAUGAGCUGAGUCUUCCCGGGAGAAACUUGAGGAAGAUGGCGGCGGACGAUCGCUCCCGGUCCGAAGCUGCGAAGCAGCGACGGCAGGACCAACUCCAGCGGUGGCUGGGAUCCGAAACCGACAGAACCGGGACGGAGCUGCGGGAUCGGCCGUCGACGAGCGGAGGGCGUCGGGCCCGGGUGUGCUUUGCCCAGGGUGCUGUGUUUAUGGCCGCUUGCUCCGCCGGAGACCGGGAAGAAGUGUCAGAGCUGCUGAAGCAGGGAGCCGAUAUAAACCACGCGAAUGUGGACGGACUGACGGCACUGCACCAGGCCUGCAUUGAUGAUAAUAUAGAUAUGGUGCAGUUCCUGGUGGAGAACGGGAGUGAGGUCAAUCGAGGGGACAAUGAGGGCUGGACCCCCCUCCAUGCCGCCGCCUCCUGCGGAUUCAUCCCGAUCGCUAAGUUCUUGAUUGACCACGGCGCACUGGUAGGGGCCGUGAAUAGUGAGGGAGAGCUACCUCUGGAUGUGGCCACAGAAGAUGCAAUGGAGAGACUCUUGAAAGCAGAGAUAAAGAAGCAGGGGGUGGACAUGGAGAACGCCAGGCGUGAGGAGGAGAGGGUGAUGCUGCGGGACGCCAUGGCGAUCUCGGCUGGGCGUGGCACCUUGACCCCCCACUCCAUCACGGGAGCCACUGCCCUUCAUGUGGCGGCAGCCAAGGGCUACAUGGAGGUCAUGAAGUUGCUGUUCCAGUGCGGGCUGGAUGUGGACUGCAAGGACUGCGAUGGGUGGACGCCACUGCAUGCCGCUGCACACUGGGGUCAGGAAGAGGCCUGCAGCCUGCUGGCGGACAACAUGUGUGACAUGGGAGCAGUCAACAACGUGGGCCAGACUCCCCUGGAUGUCACGGAUGAGAAUUUGGUGGACACCCUGGAGGAACUCCAGAAGAAACAGAAUGUUAUGCGAAGUGAACGACAGAAAGCCUCCCAGCCGCCCAUCAUCGAGACCAGCUCGCCUGUCUCUACGGCAGCCACGCGGCCGCGCAGGACCUCAAUUUCUCGUAUGAGCAGCAAAGAGAAGAUCAGCCUGCAUGAACGGGAGCGGCACCCGCCGCCGCCGCUGCAGAACACCCCCAAUGAGGAUGAGGAGGAAGAGAUCCAGGCUGGUCCCCAGGGGCCUUCUGGGGCUUCCAGCAGCUCCAGCUCGGAGGAGGACAGCGAAUCAGAAAGUGACGCCGAAUCAGAGAAAGCGAAAACCCGCGAGAUCAUCAACAACAAGCGGAACACCUCGGCCCUCUCUGCGGUCUCCACGGCAGCCAGCGCCACGGCAACCCAGAGUAAAAAGGCAGAUCCUGGGAAGCCCCCUGUGGCAGAGGCCCCGGGCUCCUGGAGGACAUCCCUGCGCAAAUCGGACAGCUCCGUGGCGCUGGGUGGGGGCACCGAGCCCAGUCGCCAGAGCAGCAACCCUGAGUGGACCCCCCAGACGAUGACCCGCUCAGCGUCCAGUCCCAGGCUCAGCUCCGAGUCCGACGCCAAGGAGACCAGGCUGGCCCGGGUCCCCCCCACUCCUUCCCGCCGGCUUUUCAGCAUUACGGACAACAACCCUCCCAGCGACACCUCCAGCAGCGGCAUAACUCGUAGCUCCUCCUACACACGCCGCUUCAACAGCCAAUCAGCGAGCGAUUUAACGGGCCCCGCCCCUGGCUUGCCGCGCAGCUCAUCUUAUGGAAAAAAACUAGAUGACCCCACGGUGACCUCUGUAACCACAGGAUACACUUCUGGGCUCAAUCGCCUCAACAGCCUGGUCGCCCAGAGACUUGCUCAGGAACAGGCAGACAAAAGGGACACGUUUUCAACAACAACCUCAAAUGCGGCGAACUUGGCAACUGCAGAGCAGGAGACCAAACAGCGGCGCAAGUCCUAUCUGACUCCCGUGAGGGAUGAGGAGGCUGAAGCGCAGAGGAAGGCACGCUCCAGGCAUGCCCGGCAGUCCCGCAGGUCAACUCAGGGUGUGACACUAACCGACUUACAGGAAGCCGAGAAGACAAUCAAGACAGAGCAAAAGGAACGAGAGAAAAAAAAGGAGGAGGAUGAGAGGGAUACGAGGGGGUCAGAGCAGGAAGUGAGCUGGAGGUCCCGCAUCGCCAACCUCCAGAAGUCAGACCUGCUGGGCCUCACCACCCCCGCCGGUGCCCCUCGCCCCCACACGGCAGACGGAAGAGAUUCCCAGGAAGGCGGCACCAGCCUGGAGGACCGGCUGAACAGGGAGAGAAGGACUCGGGUUCGACGGAGGGCGGCGCAGCGGACCGGAGAGAGCGAUGACAAUGAACUCAGUGCAGAAGAGGAGGGGGGGAGCAGAGGCUCGGAUUCCCAGUCACAGGCUGGCCGGAACAGCAGCAGGUCUGAUGGGCCUUUGAAUGACAUCAUCAGUCGUGGUUCCGAAACGAAGGACUAUAAGCGGUUGUUUGAGGAAGUGUCUUUGGAGAACAGCCAGCUGCAGUCUCAGCUGCAGGACACGCAGCGGACCGUGUCCCAAACCCGGGCCGAUCUGGAUAAAGCCACUCAGAGACAAGAGCGCUUUAGUGACUGCUCCGCCCUCCUGGAGCUGGAGAAGAAGGAGCGGAGACUUUUGGAGCGACGUGUGGCAGAGUUGGAGGAGGAGCUGAAGGUGCUGGGGGACCUGAGAGCCGAUAACCAGCGUCUGAAGGAUGAGAACGGGGCCCUGAUCCGCGUCAUCAGCAAGCUGUCAAAAUAGAGGGAAAGCCAAGGGGGUCACAGGGAGAGCAAAUAGUAAUGCUCUCUUCUGUCCACAUCCCUUCGGCCAGAAGUGAACUGCCCAUUCUGUUCCGCCCACUCCCCUCUCCACGCCCCUUUAAUCAGUUAUGAAUUGUCCACUCCCCUCUCCACGCCCCUUUAAUCAGUUAUGAAUUGGCCACUCCCCUCUCCACGCACCUUUAAUCAGUUAUGAAUUGUCCACUCCCCUCUCCACGCCCCUUUAAUCAGUUAUGAAUUGGCCACUCCCCUCUCCACGCCCCUGUAAUCAGUUAUGAAUUGGCCACUUCCCUCUCCACGCCCAUUUAAUUAGUUAUGAAUUGGCCACUCCCCUCUCCUUGCCCAUUUAAUCAGUUAUGAAUUGGCCACUCCCCUCUCCACGCCCCUGUAAUCAGUUAUAAAUUGGCCACUCCCCUCUCCACACCCAUUUAAUCAGUUAUGAAUUGUCCACUCCCCUCUCCACACCCAUUUAAUCAGUUAUGAAUUGGCCACUCCCCACUCCACGCCCCUGUAAUCAGUUAUGAAUUGGCCACUCUCCUCUCCACGCCUAUUUAAUCCGUUAUGAAUUGUCCACUCCCCUCUCCACGCCCCUGUAAUCAGUUAUGAAUUGGCCACACCCCUCUCCACACCCAUUUAAUCAGUUAUGAAUUGUCCACUCCCCUCUCCACGCCCCUGUAAUCAGUUAUGAAUUGGCCACUCCCCUCUCCACGCCUAUUUAAUCAGUUAUAAAUUGUCCACGCCCCUGUAGUCAGUUAUGUAUUGCCCACUCUCCUCUUAAAAACCCAUUAGUGAGUCAUGUCCCACCCAUUCCUCUUUCCACACCACUUACUCAGCCAUAUUCCAGUCACUCACCAGUUGAUACUCCUUCACUAAUGCUCUGUUAACCUGUCCAUACCCCUUCUGCCCACUAAUCAGCCCUCAUUAUCUCCAAUAUGACCCACCCACCAUAUCCUCCCAGCCCCUCAUUGUACAAGCCAUUGUAUCCACCCUUCUCCCAUUUUAUCCUACACUGUCAGCCUGCUUCCCUCUGCUUCCAUCCCUUCAAGUGCCAAAGAGAGAAGACAGUGAAAAGAAUGUCACCCCUUUAUGCUUCGCUAAGAAGGUUUCCACCACUCAGCCUUGCAGCUCCUAACCAGCUUGUCCACAGGUCCCACACUUCCUUGUAGGAUCAGAUCCUCCAGCCCAGCGUGCUUGUCAGUAAAGGGAAAAUGAAGACCAAACAUACUGGGACGGAGAUAAGCAGCUGGACACUCAGUAGCCCACGUACACAAAGAUUUGUGUGCUCACAGACAUUUUAAAGCACACUCACAGAAAGAUACUCAUUUAAUAUCCAUGUACCCUGAGCAACAUGCAUCAACAACGAUAGACCUUUCCAACCCCAUGACACACCUCCAGACACACUCCAGGCGUUCUGUCCGACCACAGGCAUCGUCUGCACGACUUCCUGAAGGCUAUCACAUAGAUCUGCAUGCACCUUAGUGCCAUGAUGUUCUUGCUGCGCACAUCUGAGCACAUUGGCGUUCCAGUCCACAGCUGGUCAAAGCAACAUUCGGCACACCUGCCUGAACACAGACUUGUCUGUCCAACACAGCAUUGUUACCCCACCAUCAUUCCAAAUGCACAUCAUUCCUGAGGUUGGUGCACUGAACACGCCUGUCAGACACUCACCACACACAAGCUUUCCUCGCAAACAUCUGACCAUGGACACCGGCCUACCUGGAGCACCCCUGCAGCUUCUGCAGCUCCAUGUUACCCCCUGUUCUCCCAUACCUUCUAGAAUGCACCUGGAAAGUCAACCACUCCCACCUGCUACCACAGAAAGGGCUGGCAGAGUAGCCCCCUCCCACUUCCCCAGAUGCAGAAGGACAAAGGUUAUUGCACAAUAUACAAAUAGCUGUUUUGUGAAACACUAAUAUGCAAUGUAGUUUUAUUAUUAUUGUUAUUAUGAUAAUGAAUAUUGUUAUAAUGUUGUUUUUGUUUUGUUUUACACAAAUGUUGGUUCUCUUCACUCCCACCAGAGAAAUUGUAGUAUGUGUAUAAAAAUGCCUUCAUUUGAAACGAUAACCCAUGUGAAGUGAAAGUAACUUUAUUACCCUUCCCCAUUCUCCAAGUUAGGUUUUCUAAUAUAUUGAACCAGCGUCAGCACUUGAUAAUAAAGCUAUGAGUGUUUGUAUCCUG